AUGUCGAUGGGUGCUUCACGAAGGGGUGCUCCCCGGAAGAAGCUGACAUAUGAUAAACCAGGCUUGACCGAGGAUGAGAUCGAUGAGAUCAAAGAAGCCUUUAAUCUCUUUGACACCGAUGGUUCGGGAACCAUAGACCCGGGCGAGCUCAAAGCAGCUAUGAGAUCGCUGGGCUUUGAGACCAAGAACCCAACCAUCUUUCAGAUGAUCGCCGACCUGGAUCAAGAUGGAACAGCCAUCGGAUUCGACGAUUUCUUGGAUGCCAUCACAGCAAAGCUGGGCGACAAGGAGACGCGCGAUGGCAUACACAAAAUCUUUAAUCUGUUCGACGAUGACAAAACUGGGACGAUCACCCUGAAGAACCUCAAACGAGUUUCAAAAGAGCUCGGCGAAACCAUGACAGAAGAGGAGCUCCGAGAAAUGAUUGAAAGAGCUGACGCUGAUGGAGAUGGUGCCAUAACCCCUGAGGACUUCUACAACAUCAUGACGAAGAAGACCUUUCCAUAG